GGGGGCAGCAAAGCACCGCCGAGCGUUGGCGCUACAACAAAGCACAGCAGAAGAAGUGUGGCCACUCCAGUUGAUUAGCAGAUGCAGAGCAAUGGGUCUGCCUGAAUCUUGCUGACCUUUAGUGGUGAUUGGCCCCUCCAGUCAUCCAACACCAUGCAAGGAUUCUACUCCAAGCUCGACUCCUCCCCUUCCUCGUCCCCCUUGUUGGGAGCUGGCUUCAGGGGAGAUGGUGCUCCUGUACCUCUCAGCCUGGCUCUGGAGACAGAGAGAGCUCAGGCCCUCCUACAGACUUUCAGUUCCGCCUCCCUGCUGGCGUCGGCAGGACUCGGGAUGUUCUGUGUGGUGGCAGACCACGCCCUCCAGCUGUCUGUCAUACAGCAACACCUGUGGCUACGUGCUGUCUUGGACAACGCCACACAUGGAUUGGUGGGGCUGUGGUCAUGGGCGGUUGUUAUUGGACUGAGGAAAAAGAGUGACUUGUAUGAGGUGCUACUGGCAGGGUUUCUGGCAUCAAUCAUAGACCUGGACCACUUCUAUAUGGCUGGAUCCUUGUCACUAAAGGCUGCCGUCUCACUCCCUCAGCGUCCUCCGCUGCAUUGUUCCUCUCUCAUUCCCAUUAUCUGCCUCAGUCUCCGCUUCCUCAUGUGGCUCGGACGCCUCAAAGACGCUUGGUGCUCCUUGCCGUGGAUGCUUUUCAUUUCCAUGGCGACACACCAUGUCCGGGAUGCCGUGCGUCACGGCCUGUGGGUUUGUCCAUUCGGCAACACGGCACCAAUCCCAUAUUGGUUGUACGUCAGCACCACGGCGACACUCCCUCACCUGUGUUCAGUGCUCAUGUACCUGACAGGAACCAGAGAUGUGAUCUCCACUAAACACGGGGUGGCCAUCGAUGUUUAGGCGUCACCAGCUUGGUUCGGAUCACCUUUGGAUGAAAAUGUUCUUAGCUAUUUAAAGCCACAUUUAAAUACCUUUAAAUUAUAAACACAUGUAUAGAUAUGAGGACAUUUUUCAGUUCAUGUGACACAAAUAAUGAAAACUCUUUUUUUUUUUUUUUCUUUUCUUGCAAAAGGAUUAGAACACUGUUGUGAUAAUGGGGAAAAACAUGUAAAAAUAUUUUUGUCAUGAUGGCUGUAAAAUAUUAAAUUAGCUUUUUAAAAUGGGAACAUUCCAAUAUAAGUGCCAGUCAUUUGUUUUUUCCUUUUGGUGGCAUGGAUUUGUAUCAGAAUCUGCUUCAGUAACCUGAGGACUAGAAGUGAAGAUGUGAACCUUCUUUUUAUUUUUAUCUUUCACCUACACAAGACCUUAGAGACUUAAGCUGCAACUGAGGGGGGUCAUCACUUUUACUGUCACUAUCGAGCCUAAUUCAAAGAACGCUGAAGGAAAAGUCAACCAAAGGUCAACUCCAGACUGUACAAGACUGGCAUGUUGUUGUCACUCUUAGUGCAUCCAGAAGCUGUUUUCCUUUUAUUGCAUUAAAAAUGUCUCCACGUGCAGUUUUUUUUUAAUUCCCAUUUCUGUUACCAACCGCCAAACAAAAUGUUAUUUUUGGCCAUUAAUGCUUGUAAUAUCCAGCCUGUCAGCACUCUGCAGAUUUCAUUCUCCUGCCCGGAAGAGCCUUAAUGUCCGCUCAGUACCAACUUUUCCUGUCAGUUUUUGUAAAUCAGAGUUUGCAGUGCCAUCUGAGCCAGCAAUGGAAGUGGAUGACAUCAAGGCUGUGCAACAUGCUGGUAGUUCUUCUUUUUUUUUUUUCCUUAUUAAAAAUUAUUUUAGCACCUUGACUUGGCAGUAACAUUGUUGGAUUUGGUUUUCAAAGGCAAAACUGUGCCAGCAGUGAUUUAUCUCCCACUCCAAGGCUUCUUUACUGUGUGUGUGUGUGUGUGUGUGUGUGUGUGUGUGUGUGUGUGUGUGUGUGUGUGUGUGUGUGUGUGUGUGUGUGUGAAUAAUCAUAAGAAGGGCACUAUUCCCCUUUUAAGACAUGCUGUAGUAAAGAUGCUAUACACCUCAGAUAGUUUUUGGCUUCCUGCUGCUACACAUUUCUUUGACAGCUUCAAACUCAGUCCUCAGUCAUUUGAGCAAAAGCUGUGACAGAUGACUCUUAUACAGUUAUAUCAGAGUGAUUUGCUGUCCCAAGCAGCCUCUUGAUUUUACACUUAACAUAAACAGAACGGGGCAGCAUGCAGUGAAACUCGAAAAGGCAGUGGGUGUUUGUUUGCUUGGUUUAGCAGUGCUUUCAGUUUACGUGUAGUUAAAAAUUGAAGAAAAGGGACUUGCUGUAUUUAUUAUCUGUGUAUUGUUCCAGCAAAUUUCCCCCAUAAUACCUGCACUUAAAUGGUUAACAAUGUGAGGUACAGUCUAUAUGCUGAAGUUACUUGAUGGCUUUUCGGUGGUGGAACCAGGGUGUGCGGGAGUGUUUGUUGUCACUCAUGAUAAUUACUUUGCUGCAUUAUCAGCCACUAAGGUAUAGAGUAUUUAGAGGUAAUGUUAUUACACUUUUUUAGAUGUAGACUGCAUACUUAAACACUGUUUAACAGUAUUAUACACUGGUUUAAACGAUGCUUAGUAAUAUGUUGUAAUAUAGUGGGAUUGACUGGUUUCUAGAAACAUGUAUUUGAGGGUUAGCAACAUGCUUUCACUGUAAGAGAUGGUGGACUUGAAAAUCGCCUGUUUCCAGAUGUAAAAUGGGGAUACAUUUUGAAAUAUUAACCACAAGUUAUUAAUUUUUGUAAAGCUGGUGCUUGGUGAUUAAGGUUGUAGUCAUGCCUCUUGGCCACUAGAUGGCUGCUGUAGUGUCACUUUUGAUGAGCUGUAUUUUUUUCCCUUUAGUAUGUGAAGGUAAUUCAGAAAACUGCACUUAGGAGUUGUGAUUGUGAAAUAAUAUAAUGGAUUGGGGGGGUUGAAAAUUGCUCUCUGUUUUGGAAAAAAAAAACAAUCCAAGUACAUAAUAGUUUUUUUUUUUGGUCUGUUUUGUUGCUACUUUCUUGGAAAGUUCACAGGAAGGAUUGGAAACAAUUGUUUGAGUUCCAGAAUCAUUGAGUAACACAGGAAUUUUGAAUAAGACAAAAGCAUUGUAAGGUUUUACUUGUGACUACCAGGAUGCAGGAAAGCAGCUUUAACAGUAGUUAACACCGUACCACCCUCUACUCGACCCCUAUUUAACUUUAAUGCUUCUGGAAGGAAUUUACAUGCUGGCUGCUGUCCCACUUUAACUGCCAGUGUCAUUUUCUCUUUUACUGCUGCUUAUGUUUACCAUGUGACUUUAAUCAAUGCAAUAUUUUUUUUGUUGUUGGAUUUUGCACAUUUUCAGUUUUUGUGUUUUUAAAUUAUGUUUUGUAUUUUUGGACAAAUAUGUUUUUGUUUAAUAGUGAAGUAUAUAGUAACAAA